GUUGCCAUCUGCAAACCCCUGCACUACGGGACCCUCCUGGGCAGCAGAGCUUGUGCCCACAUGGCAGCAGCUGCCUGGGCCUCUGGGUUUCUCUAUUCUCUGCUGCACACAGCCAAUACAUUUUCCCUGCCCCUGUGCCAGGGCAAUGCCCUGGGCCAGUUCUUCUGUGAUAUCCCUCACAUCCUCAGGCUCUCCUGCUCACACUCAGGCUACCUCAGGGAAAUUGGGAUCAUUGUAUUUAGUGCCUGUUUAUGGUUUGGUUGUUUCAUUUUCAUGAUUUUCUCCUAUGUGCAGAUCUUCAGGGCUGUGCUGAGGAUCCCUUCUGAGCAAGGACGGCACAGAGCCUUUUCCACGUGCCUCCCUCACCUGGCCGUGGUCUCCCUAUUCCUCAGCACCAGUACAUUUGCCUACCUGAAGCUCCCCUCCAUCUCCUCCCCAUCCCUGGAUCUGAUUGUGUCAGUUUUGUAUUCGGUGGUGCCUCCAGCCCUGAAGCCCCUCAUCUACAGCCUGAGGAACCAGGAGCUCAGGGAUGCCCUAAGGAAAAUGAUGACUGG